GCCCGGAGCUGCAGCGGACGCGCCGCCGCCACCUGCCGAUGCGGGAGCGGACGUGACCCGGAGACAUGGCGCUGUGGGGCCGCAUCGCCCUGGUGCUGCUCUGCGGCCUCGUCCUGCCGCCGCCGGGCCCCGCCGAGGUGCCCCCCAGCCCCCACUCGGCCCCCGGGCCGCACCUGGACCAGGCCGGGCUAGAAGAGUUCUGCCACAUCGACCGGCCCCUGUGCCACAAUGAGGACGAGCAGCUUAGCUUCGAAGCCGUGCGCAGCAUCCACAAGCAGAUGGACGACGAUGCCAAUGGCAAUGUGGACGUGGAGGAGAGCGACGAGAAAUGGGGGGCUUCAGCAGAGGGACGGCAGGAGGGGGGAAAACACUCUGUGUGUGUGUGUCUCUCUCUCUCUCUCUCUGCCCCUUCUGCAGUUUACAACUGGACGGUGGAGGAGGUGGUGCAGUGGCUGAUCACCUACGUGGAACUCCCCCAGUACGAAGAGACCUUCCGGAAGCUCCAGCUCACGGGCCAUGCCAUGCCCAGGUUCACCCGCCACAACCACCUGAAGGACUUCCUGCUGGUGGUCUCCAUCGUGAUUGGCGUGGGGGGCUGCUGGUUCGCCUACAUCCAGAACCGCUACUCCAAGGAGCACAUGAAGAAGAUGAUGAAGGACCUGGAGGGCCUCCACAGGGCGGAGCAGAGCCUCCACGACCUCCAGGAAAGGUGUGCUCCCUCUCUGCCCUCUGAAGCCCUGUGGGGGCCCUUGUGCUCUCCCCCCCCCCAGGUGCGCAUGGCCCUCCGGAACGCGGAGAAGGAGCUGGAGUCUCACAGCAGCUGGGCGGCCCCCGGGGCCCUUCAGAAGUGGCUGCAGCUGACCCACGAGGUGGAGGUCCAGUACUACAACGUCAAGAAGCACAGCGCGGAGAAGCAGCUGCUCCUGGCCAAGGAGGGGCCAGCAGCCUGGGCACCGUGGGGCUGGGGCCGGCGGGUGGGGGCAGCCGCACUGUCUUGUAUGCUUCGGCCAGACCGGAGAAAAACUCACCUCCUCCUUCCCCUUGGCUGGUUGUGUCACAGGGAGAGGGAGGAGAGAGAGGGAGGGGCUAGGGGGAAAGCAGGAUGGCCCCCCCCCAGCCUCACCCUCCCUCCAGGCAAGGCGGGGAUGGAGGGAGGCGUCCCCUGGAUGGGCCCCGUCCGGUGCAGCCUCUUUCUCCCUAACCGGCCCAUUUUCCCUCCUCUCCCGCCAGCUCCCACCUUCCCGAGCAGCAUCGUUCGCCAGCGCCUGGUGGACCCCCAGCAUUCCUUGGGAUCGCAGAGGGACUUGGCCCGCUCGGACUCGGACUCCUCCAUCCCGCACCUGAGCGAGCUCCCGCGGGCCUCCGCUUCCAUGCCCAAGCUGCGCCCCGCCCUGCUGAGCAAAGCGGCAGAGGAGCAGUCCUCCCAGACGGAGCCCCCGGAGUCGGAGAGCCCGCUGACGAUGACGAAGGUGCCCCGGGCCAACCACCACGGGGGGCUGGAGAAGGCGGCCAGCCUGGGGGAGCUGGGGUCGGUGGGGGCCCGUUCGGGGGACUCCUCUCGGUCACACAGCCCCAGCUCCACCGAGCCCGACACCCCCUCGCCAUCUGCCAACGGCCGCACCGGCCUCUCCCUCCUCUCCGGCAAGGCCAACAGCCGCAUCCCGCACCUGGCGGCCAAGAAGGGCGAGGAGGACAGCGGCUCCACCGGCGAGGAGACGGACUCAGGCGCCGGGAAGAAGAAGUUCCCGCUGAAGAUCUUCAAGAAGCCCCGGAAGUAGCCGGAGGAGACGGAAGGACCGCCCGUGGCUGCCCUUCGCCGGAACGCCUGGGGGGCACAGAGACCCUCUUGCCUGGGGGGCCUCCUGGGGCCAGAGGGCCCUGCUUGGCUGCGCAUGGCUUGCACCCGCUGCCCCCCUUCUGCCCGCUGCUGCCCUCCGUGUGGCCGGAGCAGGGCAGCCCCCCCACAGGCCCCCCUGGACCGCGGCCUUCCCUCAGGAGCGGAACCAAAGCUGCGGGGCCCCUGGGGCCGCUCGGGGCAGCCGAGGAGAGGAUGGCGACGUCUGGGGCUCCCGGCUGCAUCCUGGACCGGCCCCAGGAGGAGCCCCCCAGGAGCCCCCCCCUCUCUCUGGGUCUCAGGGCAAGGAGGAAGGCAGGAGGGGGGCAGCUCCCUGGGCCGGAACGGCUGCUUUCCCUAAAACUGUUUUGAAUCCAAUAAAGCAUGUAGCCUAUUUUA